AUGACCAAACCCAAUCCCAAGGCCCCGAAGAAAGAACCAGUUCCCUUGAGUGAACUGCCCAAACCGACUCUCGUCAAGUCCGACACGAGCCCCAAGGGAAAAGCCAGAGUGAUAUAUUGGCAUCGUACCGACCUUCGUCUGACCGAUUCACCAGCCCUGAUCAGAGCCUUAGACAUAGAGGAUAUAGAGUAUUUCUGGCCCGUAUGGUGCUUCGACCCGGAGUACGUGUACAGACAUCGAGUCGGGGUGAACCGAUGGAAUUUCUUGUUGGAAUCGAUGAACAAUCUGAGUGAUGAGUAUACGAAAUUGAACGCCAAGCAGAAAUUAUGGGUUGUAAGGAGUAGACCGGAAUUUGUGCUGCGGAAGUUGGCAAAGGAUUGGGGGGUAACGCAUAUAUGUUGGGAAAAAGAUAGUAAUGCUUAUUCAAAGGUCAGAGAUGAUAAGAUAUUUGCAUUAGCGGAAGAAUUAGGUAUACAAGUGACAGCUGCUCCAGGAAGACACCUGUUCGACCCUGACGAGGUCAUCAAACAGAAUAAAGGCAAACCUACGAUGACUCUCCAUCAAUGGCAGGGGGUUACUAGUAAGAUGGGUGAGAUAUCGAGACCGGCCCCCACUCCUACAUCUCUACCUGAUCCGGGACCAUCCGAACUACAGGACAACCAUGAAGAGGAUUGGGGCAAGUACGAGGGUGUAGAUCUGAAUGCAGACGUAAGAACAGGGAAGGAUACAUGUUUUGAUUCCUUGGCUGGCCCAUCAUCUUCCCCAUUUUCCGUCCCAACGAUGUCUCAGCUGGGUUUCCCUCCUUUCACGACAACUAUCAAAGGAGGUACGAUUGAAGGUCACAAGCGAUUAAAUCUGUUCUUUUCGGAUAAAGAGAAAGUGGCAAAAUUCUCCAAACCACAUUCCGAACCUACUUCGCUCGAACCGUCCACCACACUCUUAAGUCCAUAUAUCAAAUUUGGCUGUAUAGGGAUAAGGGAGUUGUGGUGGGGAUGUAAAGCCAUUGUGGAGGAAUAUAGGAAGAGAGGUGGUAAGGGAGAGACGAAAGAACCUGAAAAUAUGUUUGGACAGCUCGAAUUUAGAGACAUGUACGCAUGUGCUGAGGCGGCCGUACCUCAUUUCGAGCGUAUACGGGGUAACUCCGUUUGCAAAUACGUUGCAUGGUCUUUACAGAAUCAAUAUGAUGCAGAAGGGAAUGAGAUCUUACCCAGACCGAGGGAUAAAGAUGAACAGGCUGAACAAAGAUUUCAAGCUUGGAAAGAAGGUAGGACGGGUUUCCCGUGGAUCGAUGCAUGUAUGAGACAACUCAAAUAUGAAGGUUGGAUACACCAUUUGGCGAGACAUAGCGUUGCGUGUUUUCUGACGAGGGGUCAGUGUUAUAUCUCUUGGGAAAGAGGGAUGGAAGUCUUUGAUGAAUGGUUGAUCGAUUGGGAUCCUGCUUCAAAUCCUGGAAAUUGGAUGUGGUUGAGUUGUUCGGCGUUCUUCUCGCAAUACUUCCGAGUGUAUGGUCUCGUAUCCUGGCCCCAGAAGACAGAUAAAUCAGGAGCGCUAGUAAGGAAAUACUGUCCUGAGCUGAAAGAUUUCCCAGACAAGUACAUUUACUCCCCCCACCUUGCUCCUCAAGGUAUCCAAGAGAAAGCCAAAUGCAUUAUAGGUAGAGAUUACCCUUUUCCGAUAUUAGAUGAACAUCUGGAAAAGGAAUAUUGCAUAGCGAGAUUGAAAGAUGCUUAUCAUCUGAAUUAUCAUGGUGAUCACGAGGAUGUACUAAACGGGACAGCUGAGAAGAAGUUGAUAGAGAUACAUGAGGAGAAUGGACAUACGAGGGAGAAGAUUGUUAAUGGGAAGGAGGAUGAGAAGAAGAGGAAGAGGGUGUUGGAUGGGGAAGGGGCGAUGGACAAGUUUGUGAAAAGGGAGAAGAAAUGA